GGCGCGUCGGCGGCCGCCGCGGCGCUCCCUUCUAUUAAUAGCAAGGCCCUCCGGCGAGCAACGGUGGCAUUGCGACGCAACUUCGUCGUCCUCUCCUAGCUGAGAAACAGGCAGCUCGACCGCAGGCAGAGGUAGCCGGAGGAUGGGGCGUGGCCGGGGCGUGAGCUACGGCGGCGGGCAGAGCUCGCUGAACUACCUCUUCGGCGGCGGCGGCGACGAUGCACCCGCGCCGCGUGCCAAGCCGCCGCCGGUCGCGGCAGAGCAGAGGGCGGCACAGCCGGCCGCGGCGGCCUCCGACAAUGAGAAGCUGAAGGGGAUCCCGGCCGGCGCCCGGAGCAGCCAGACCAACAACUACUUCCGGGCACAGGGCCAGAACUGCGGCAACUUCCUCACGGACCGCCCGUCGACCAAGGUGCACGCGGCGCCGGGCGGCGGCUCGUCGCUCGACUACCUCUUCGGCGGCAAGUGAUGGCCGCCUUCCCGGUGCAGGCUUGAGAGCGAAACUGAGCUCGCUCGAGAACGCCACCUACUUCGUAUGCUUGGAGUUCAGUAGCACAUCAUCAUAACCUGCUUCUUGUACGGUUACUUUCCAAGAAUUGUCCAUGUUUAACUCUGUGAUCUUCAUUGGUGUCUGUCUCAUCAAUCAUCACGACAUCACUCAUCAGUACUCUUAGUGAUUGGUGUUUGUCUCAUCAGUCCUCUUGUGUGAGCUCAGCUGCUUGUGUGAAUGUCAAAAACUGACUUGUCCAGUCGUCAGUAACAAGCCUUCCCUGUUCUUGGGCUGUUCAUCAGAAAUUGUACUCAAGUGUUCUUAAGACUUAAAUUACUAAUGAUCCAGCU